AGCAGGCCUCAGAACAACCUUCAGCAGUCAUGGGGGCUUUCGAUGACAGGACCAGUAUCAUCAAGGGCGACGCACUCAAGGUGCUCCCGGAUCUGGAUCUUGAUGACGACGACAGCAACGCCGAUGAGUCCAAGGUGCCUUUGACGAGGUCCAAUGUGUAUGCUGACAGUCCGCGCGAGGCCCACCUAAGCGAAGGCAUCACUGAAGCGGAAAUUAUCCGUCGACGACGCGUAGGUAUCGCUUUCGUGCUGGGUCUCGUCCUCGCCAGCGCAACUUGUGUCAUGCUUUUGGGUGUCCUAGGACACGAAGAGAAUUACGGCUCAACACCUGCCAUUCAACAUCAUUUCAUUGCUGCAACUUCAGCCGAUGGGUUCAAGAAAAACCUCGAGUUUUACACUGACGUCGUUCGCCACACCGGCAGCACUGGGGACUACGAGAUGGCAAAGUUUAUCCGCUCGAGUGCAAUCGAUUUUGGCUUUGAAGAGGGUCACAUCAAGAUUGACGAGUUCGAAAUGCUCGUCAACGCACCUGAGACCCUCACUCUGGAUAUUCUCCAAUUGCCUAAUAACACGUCGCUAGCGUCGUACGAUUUCAUUGCUGAACAUGCUGCUCGACAGGCCAAACGACAGGCAAAAGGCAAGAACUUGAUUAAACCUUAUGCAGCAUUCCACUUGUACUCCAAGAACGGCUCCGUAUCUGGACCGGUUGUGUAUGCACAUUUCGGCUCCUCUGAAGACUAUCAAGCUCUGGCAUUGAACAACAUUACCGUCUCUGGUAAAAUCGCUUUGGUUCGCAUAGGAGGAGACAUCUCUUUACCGGCAAAGGUGGUCAUAGCCUCCAAGUUUGGAGCUGUCGGUGUACUCACCUACACUGACCCGGCCGACGAUGGCCCAGCUCGAGGACGCACAGCACCCGAUGGGCCAUGGCGUCCUACUACAACCACAACAUUCGGCAACGUGUACAUGGGAGACGGUGAUCCGACCAUGCCGGAAGGAUUCUCAGCGACAAGACCCAUGGGAACCGAUGCCGAUCGUCUCUCUGUUGACGACAUUUACUCGGUGAACAACACGUUCAACAUGCUCCCGCCAAUUGUCAGUAUGCCUAUUAGCGCUGCAGUUGCUCAAGACCUGCUACUUCAGACCGAAGCUGCUUCAAAGAAGGUAGCAACGUUGAAGCUGAUUGACGCCGCUGAUGUCUUCGGAACUCGAUGGGAAGGUGGAGCUUUGGGUGUCGAGUACUUGCUUCCAGUAGAUGACGAAACAUCCAAGUCAGAAGACGUUGAUGUUAUCGUCAAGAUGGCGAACCACAAUGUGUACAACUUAACCACGACGUGGAACGUGGUGAUCACUGUGCACGGCUCUCGUGAACCGGAUCGCCAUGUCCUGGUCGGUGCGCCACGUGACUCUUUGAACGCUGGUGCUGUAAGUCCAGGCUCAGGUAACGCUGUGUUUCUCGAAGUUGUCCGAGCGUUGGGAACACUCGUGUCGAAUGGAUGGACCCCGUAUCGUACGCUGGUGCUCGCAUCGUUUGGUGGCGAGCAAUUCGGCUCCGUUGGUAGCUCGCACUGGAUCGACCGGUACCCAAGCUUUGGAAGUGGCAACUCUGGACGUGGCGUAGUGUAUUUACAUCUAGACGACGUUGUACGUGGUGCUGGUGCACUUCGUUGCAAGGCCUCGGCUACCAUCCGCAAGAACAUUUAUCUCAUGACUGCAGCGGUUGCUCAACCGAAGAAACAAGACUAUCCUGACGUCGACAGCUUCUUCUUCAGCAACGCAUCCGCUACUUCAGCUGUAGCUACUGGGAGCUCCAGUAAGGAUGAAGACGAUCUCGACAUGUUGCCAGUAAACGCAACUUUUUCAAGUAACGAGCUCCCUGAGGGCAGUGGCAACUCUGUCUUUGCGUAUUGGCUUGAAGAUGCCAACAAGAAGAACCCAGGUGGUGUUGAAUUAGAGCUGCCACCAAUGGAGAAGAGCAUGGGUGGACGUAUCUCCCCAUUCCUUGGACGAUUGGGCAUCCCGUCGCUGGAGCUUGGCUUUGAUGGAGGCUACUUCGGUGUGGGUAAUACCGGUGCUGACGUCCCUGCGUGGAUCUCGCACUUCGCUGACCCUCAGUUCGCUUUCCACCGUGCUGCUGCUGAGCUUUAUGGCAGUAUUCUGUUGUCAUUCUCGGACGCACAGUUCUUGCAGUAUGACUUUACGGAAUUAUCACGAGAACUCCGUCGAGGUGAAGCGUUCUUGGAGGAUGCACUAGCACGUGAAGGACUGGCCGAAGUGGUGCCUCUUGUUCGUCUACACAACGCCACUACCGCCUUCGAAGCCGCUGCUAUCAGUGUGAGUCACGAGAUGAACGUCAUUUCCGACCAAGAGCACGACUUCAGCCGCGUCAGAUUGAUCAACAAUCGUCUACUGCGUGCACAACGUGCGUUCGUGCUCCCUUCAGGUCUCAUGUACAUGCCUUGGAUCAAGAACGUAUUGUACGGCAUUUCCGAGUGGGAUGACUAUCGAGUGAGUCUGUUCCCUGGCGUCACUCACGAACUCAAGCGUGGCAACGCCAUGACGGUACGACGUGAGCUUGUGCGCCUAUGCAUCACCAUUGAAGCAGCUACCGAUAUCCUCAUGAACGCACCCGAUGAAGAGUAA